AGAGGCGUGUACUUAGAGGAAAACGCUAAAUUACGAAGAGAAUGGGUAGGAGGAAAGAGAAGGGAGCAAAGGGUAACUUACUUUCGAAUUCCCUUGGAGUGUGUCAAGCGAACCCGUCCUACUUUCUAACCUGCCGCUGAUGCUCCUGUACCUCACACCAGCCGUGGUGGCAGCCUCAACUACGUUAUUUCCCUCUCACUGUUCAUUACUCCUGCCUCGCCAACCGCCUUUACACGCAACUUCGCUGACCUGUUCUACAUGUACCCUAGUUGACCUGCUCUAAAUGUACCUCAGUGAUUUGUUUCACAACACAUUGGCCUCGCCCUCGCAGAUCACCACAACCGUGAACCAGGUGUGUGCUACCAUGAAGCCGGGAACCUCACUCCGUUGAAAGUGUUCGGCAACAACAGGCCCCGACCCGUGUGUGAGGCCACUGACACCAAACCUCGUCCAGACAACUUCGAGAUAGUAUUUUCAAUAUCCACGUGUGUUCGCGACGUCACAUCCAUGCUGCUGAUAUUGUGAGGCGGACAGGAGACAUACAUACAUAUAAGUCUUACACUGCGCAAAUCUGGUGUUGCAGAUUUUGAUCGUCUAGAAAUCAAUUGAAAUAUAGGUACAGUUCUACACCUCAAAAAAAAAAUCUGUCUCAUAAUACACGUUAAUUUAAGACGAGUGAGAAGCUGAUUUAUCUUUCAGUAGUGAUAACUAUUCUAUAUCUCUUGACAGAAAGAAGAAAUAUCAGAGGGAGAAGUUUGACCUACGCUAAGUGAAAACACUGAGCGAAUCAUAAACAGUAAACAAAAGUGGUAAUAGUCGAUGAAGUGAAAACAUCUUUGAGUGAAAAAUUAACUGGACGAUAUAUGAGUGAGAUAUUGUUCAUGGACGACUUUAGGCAAAGUGACUGAAACCACACUGGUGAUAUAUCGUAUGUAACUCUAAACCCAUACUUAUGUAACAAAGUGUUUAAGCCUAAACUUAUGAAAAAAGUGUUUGAAUUCACCCGUGUGAGAAAGUGAACGCACACUUGUGCUUCAGCUCAGACUAAUGAGAUACUUAACUGUAACUCACACUGUUGAAAUACUGUGUAAUUGUUGGACCUCUGUGUUAAAGAAUAUACCUUGGAAUAUCCUGCCUGAAAACACACUCCUGUAAAAGUCAUAUGGCAUGCAGUUUAAAUAUAAUCAUAUUCCAUCUCACGGUGAUUUAUACAGCUUGAGUGAAUCUCAUUAGAGCAAUUACGCGACCACCAGAGGAAACAGCAUCAACAUCAGCAACAGAAGCAGCAACAACAGCAUCAGCAGCAACAGCAGUAGCAACAGCAGCAACAGCAGUAUCAGCAGCAACAACAACUUUGGUGACGAUGAAAGUUAGCGGUGUGUACCCACUGCAGCUGCUGACUGCGCUGGUGACGGCGAAGGUGACGCUGCUGGUGACGGCAGACAACAACACAGUGUCCAGCUCCCCGCCUCUCAGUACUCAACUCAGCGGUACACAAGAACACCCACACACUCACCUUACCACGGAUCAGCUGAUCAGGGUUCGUGGAUACCCGGCUGAGGUGCAUCAUGUGGUGACUGAGGACGGAUACAUCCUGACGAUUCAUCGCAUCCCGCACGGUCGCCGCGUUGCUCCACAGGAACACCAGGACCAGCAACUGGGGGGUGACCUCAACCUCAUCAGAAAGAGAGCAUCCAUCCACAGCAAUGAGAGCAGUUCCAACAGCUACGUCAGCAGCACUAACAGCAGCAGUGGUGGUGGCCGACGUGUAGUGUUUAUCCAUCAUGGCUUCCUGUCAUCCAGUGCGGAUUUUGUGAUGAACGACCCAGACCAGGCACUUGGGUUCAUACUGGCUGACGCUGGCUACGACGUCUGGCUCGGCAACAACAGAGGCAACUUCUACGGUCGACGACACAUCCGUUUCUCACCCAAACAACCUGAGUUCUGGGACUACAGCUGGAAUGAAAUGGCUCGCUACGACAUGCCGGCUAUGCUGGACUACGCACGAAAGGCCUCCGGGGUUGAGAGACUGAGCUACAUCGGCCACUCCAUGGGAACUUCUCUCUUCUUUGCUAUGAUGAGCUACCAUCCACACAUCAACUCAUGGAUCAGCGCGAUGGCCGCCCACGCACCAGCUGCCUAUGUUUACCACAAGUACAUUAUGGCCUCUGUCCUGGCUCCCUUCUUUGCAGGGGCCGAGAAAGAGCUCCGUAAACACGGCAUCAUGGAGAUCUUCCGCCUCACGCAAGAGAACUCCAAGAAGGCUUCAGACAUGUGUGAACCCAAAUCCCUCACCAGCUUCCUGUGUAUCCUUAUGUACUUUAUCGGCGGCGGACCUAACUCCAACUACCUGGAUAAGAACUACCUGCCAGUAAUCUUCGCUCACACACCAGCUGGCUCAGGGCUAAAAGUCUUCACGCACCUCCGGCAGCUUCAUGCUUCACGUAAGUUCCGCGCCUACGACCACGGGGAGGCCAUGAAUAUGGUCAAGUACGGGACUUCGGUCCCUCCUCCUUUCUCUCUCAGCAACGUGCGAGUGCCAGUGGGUCUCUUCUGGUCUGAGAACGACUGGAUCGUCGAUCCUCAGGACGUGAAACAGACAGCCUCGGAGCUGCCCUGGGUUGCCCUUGAUUACCAGAUUGAGCUGAGAGACUUCAACCACGUGGACUUCCUGUGGGCGGAGAACGCCAAUCAUUAUCUCUAUUAUCCCACCAUAAAGUUCCUCGAGGAAUACCUGUGACCCUCGAGAACUUCCCAAGGCUGAGGAACUUCGAUAAAGCUCUUCGAGGGAGAAAGCUGUAGUCUUCUCUCUCCUAAAUAAUUUAUAUAACACUAAAAGCUUUUUUUUUUCUGCAGGGAUCUGCAGGAUGUAUGAUAUUUUUUACUGAAGGACAUUUUUAUUAUUUUUAAGUGGAAAAAUAUGAGAGUUUAGUCUUUCGAUUACCGUAAAAACCUGGUUUAUGAUACCGAGUGUUGUAGAUAAAGGCAAGUGAGCCAACACUGAGGGUCUUUCAUUGUGGAAAUACCUCGGUCCUGGGAUCUUGUUUACUCCAAAUAUACAUGGGUCGUGAGAAACAGGUUUAUAUAGGCAAGGUACAUGUUCAGGUCGGACUGACUGAACUGUAGUAAGGUCACCUGGUCGCUCUGUUUCGAAGGUGGGAGGUGUUUAAAAACUUGUGUGCUUUCGUGGCAGAUUUGUUGAAACUUCCUGUUUUUUUAUGCUACAUUUUUGUUACCGCUGUCAGGGAUGCCUCUGAAGAGCAUCCUUUUCUUCAAUAUGGCUUCCCAAUGAGAAGAUAGGCUUGAAUCCAUUUCAUCAGUGUCUUAAUGCAUCACGCAAGCAUUACUCUGAUCAUCCUUUCUGCCUGUAUAUUGAUUUUCAUUGAUCCUAAUAGAAAUAUUUCUAUUGCGUUCUUCUUACCACAGUUUCCGCAUGAGAUAGUGUAGACACCAGUGGUGGAUACUGGGAAGUUAUUUGUUAUUAUCCUUAUUACCACAUAAAGAACUAAGUAUCUUUUGGUGGUGCAUUCUUCAUGAAGGAUUGAUAUUCAAGAUGAUCAAGACUUUCAGUCUACAGUCGUGGAUGUAGAAUGUGGCGAAGUGAAGAUUUGUGACGGAUUGUAGACUAUAGGUGUAUUCGUUCUCGACAAAGCAGAGCUAAAUAUAUGGAAGUUUUUAAAAAGAAUAGAAUCACUACUCCCCGCUUGGAGAGUGUAUCGAGGUGUGAGUAGAAGUGUACCAGAUUGUCCUCGUUUGUGGCCUUCCUGUUCACUUUAAAAGAAAAGGUAUCACUCUCAAGUGUCUUAAAUAAAGUUACAUCUAAGAAGAGGAGUUUACCCUCUUCUUCGAACUUCAAAGUAAAUUAAAUCAAUCAACGACAUACUUUAUCCACGUUACGGUACUCGGAAUCAUUUUUUGAAACAUCUGUCUCAAGGUUCUCAACGAAGAUAUUAGAUAGUACAGCAAUGAUGAAAAAGCUGAUUUCAUGCCGAAACACUGUAACGAUUAUUUUCGUAUCGAAAGUAGUUGAAAUUCAUGCAUAGGUCAAUCAUAUCAAUGUGAUGAAUGGUUUUGAAAACCGACAUGUUGAAGAACUGAGACACUUGCGCAACAUAAGGGAAUCAUUAUUGAAGAAACGUUGCGCCACACAGUGGUUUCAUCAGUCUAAUACAAAGCGGGAAGAUAUAAGAAAUAAGGAGCUUGUUGCAUAAGUCUCUCAGUUCUUCAACUUGGGUUUCAAAACCAUUCAUCACAUCUGUCAGACACUGCAACAUCAUGGGAUCUUGAUACUUAUUACCUCAAACUCCUCCUCUCCUUAUACCUUCAUGCUUUUUAUUGGACUGAUGAAGCCACUGUGUGGCGAAACGUUUCUUCUAUAAAGAUUCCCAUAUGUUGCACAGGAAGGUCAGUAUCGUCGAUCUGUCAGAUUAUGUAGAUGGUGGCUGGAGUAGGUACGUUGGUAAAAAAAAAAUGUUAUGACGAAGGGAGCGAAGAAAACUAUGUGUUUACUCUUGAUAUUGAUAAUGGAGACACAAGACACGAGGUCUCCUGAAUACUUCACGUAUGUAGGGCUGAUGGUGCCCAGGAGCCCGGACUAAUAUUUGGCAAGACCAGCCGGUCAUUGAGGGGUAUUGCUUAUACCAGAGGUGAGAGUGCAGAGAGGAAUGUUCAGUUUGUGGGUAUUAAGUAAACCAUUUAUUUUCUAUGUCUUAGGCUAGCCAUAAAGAAGCUAUAAAAAUUAUUUCCCUGUUCGGAUUUCUAUAAUAUUUGGGUUGUUUUCUGCAAGAACUCUUUGAUGUUAUUUAGAAGUAGGAUGGGGUUGGUAAGUGUUAGCGUUAUCUAAUUGUAGUUACUGGUAUUGAAGGCACCGGGUGGCCCGGUGGCCUGGUGGCUAAAGCUCCCGCUUCACACACGGAGGGCCCGGGUUCGAUUCCCGGCGGGUGGAAACAUUUCGACACGACGUUUCCUUACACCUGUUGUCCUGUUCACCUAGCAGCAAAUAGGUACCUGGGUGUUAGUCGACUGGUGUGGGUCGCAUCCUGGGGGACAAGAUUAAGGACCCCAAUGGAAAUAAGUUAGACAGUCCUCGAUGACGCACUGACUUUCUUGGGUUAUCCUGGGUGGCUAACCCUCCGGGGAUUAAAAAUCCGAACGAAAUCUUAUCUUAUCUUACCAUUCUACCUCCCUUCUAGGUAAAAUAUGUCUGGAAAGUUCUCAGACGACAGCAGUAACAAUGCCUUGAAUAUAACUCUUGGUGAUGUCCAACAAUGUCAUUUUUUUUCUUUUUUGGAGACCAGUUAUGAUUUGGGACCCAGGCUGAAGGGGUAUCAUGUUCAAAUAAAUAAAUAAAUAAAUAAAUAAAUAAAUCAUAUAGAAAAAAUAGCUUAACUCUCUGGCAACACAAUGGUACCAGAAUCAUUGUUCUACGACAUUCCUACAAGGAAUUAUGGUCAUUUAAAACACCUAGGGUGACGUCACCACCCGCGGCAGGUCUGCUCACCUGUCGUCAAUUUUAAUUUUUUUCCGAUUUUUUUCGUGUAUUUAUUGUAUUAUUCUUUCAAAGAUAAUAAUUGACGAUUUGGCAUCAUAAUACAGUGGUUGGGACUUAUACAUAGACUUACAGCCAACCAGGAACCUUCUGGGAAAAUUUUGCUGACGUCAUGGAAAAUUCCAGUCUCGGGAUGGCCGGGGAAUAUGCUUCAAUAUAACGCUAUUAUAGCUUCUAUGGCUUAUUUAUCUAUCACAAUUGAUCUAAUAUGACAUAAUAAACAAUAUAAAUAACAAAGAAAUAUGGUAAAUACUCCAGAAUGAAUAAUACGUAUAUGGCAUAUUCCUCGAGCGUUCCCACAGGAAUACGUAUAAGAUUCCCAUAGUUAGGGAUAGGCUUCCAUUCUCCUUCUUUCACCUCCAGGGUGCUUAUAUUAAAGAAAACUGAUAUGGGUAACUAUGAUAUACACUCGUAAUGCAGUAUAAACAUGAGAAAAAUGCUAUUUUCUCGAAAAAAAACAAAAAAAAUCGGUGGGUCGGCUGUUUCGCGGAUUAUCUUGGAAGUAGGUUACUCACAUAUAUAUUGCUAUACUGUCGUUAAUAAUAGCAGGAAUGCAAUGAAAUUCACAGACAACAUAAAGGAAAGAUUGUUUUACAAAAUGAUGUUUUGAUCUUUUUGAGAUAUCAUAAUUUGUUUUGAUUUUUGUGAGGGCAAAAGUCAGAUAUUUGGCUGAAUGUCAAAACCAUACAAACUUUAUUUUUUUUAAGAAUGAAGAAAGGAUAAAUUACAGUAAAGCUAAACAUGAUAGAUAGUGUUUAACAUUGUUUUAUGCGUAGAUAAUGCCAAAACAGCUUCUCCAUGUCCCACAUCGACGGUACCUUGCAAUAUGUAUGAUUAUUAGUAAAUAAUUUUGUUCUCUGAAGGAGGGGUGUUAAUGUUGCAGUUUAAAAACUGUAGUGUAAAGCACCCUUCUGGCAAGACAGUGAUGGAGUGAAUGAUGGUGAAAAUUUUUCUUUUUCGGGCCACCCUGCCUUGGUGGGAAUCGGCCAGUGUGUUAAUAAAAAAAAAAAAUUCUCAGCUGUUUUUUGAGCUAUCUUAUUGAAACUUGGUCAUAUUACAAUGGAAAGGAACUUCUUUACGUACAAAAAAAAUGAAAGAAAUCGAACGAAAAAUAAAGAAGUUCAGGUGCUAAAGUUUAGUGACGCCUGAAGGCCUCUGUCUCGGUGUCGAAGAGAAUGUGAGAAUACUUCUACUCACAGCUCGACACAAUACCAGUUAAAAAAUAGUGACUGAAUUCUUGUUAAAGGCCCUUCAUGUAUCUAGUCAGUUAAACCCGAGGAAGAAUGUUCAUAUAUUCUUCAAGUUUUUAUACGGCUUCACUUCCCCACAUUCUCCAUGCACAGUUGAAGAAGAAUAGCCCAAACCAUCCUGACUGCCACACUUUUAAAGUGCAUCACAAAAGAGGUACUUGGUUUUCCCAUGUGGUAAUGUGGCACACAACACCCUAAGGGCACUUGUCAUGGAGGGACAUCAAUUUGCCCAUGAUAGCUACUAUACCACGUUCAUCAAAGAUCUCUCCAGAAAGCAACCUCUUGCACCUUCCCCAAGUAGCUACCUCUUCUGUUAGACACACUACCCUUUGCAGAUGUUGUGAUAACAAUAAUAUUUGGGUGACUGGUAGAAAUCAGUCUAUUAGGAUAAGUGAACAUAAAUAUACUUGUAGCAGUGAUGAUCAAAUUAAUGCUUUAAUAAAGCAUAGGGACACUUUGAGUCAUGUGAUGAAAGGGAACGAAGCCUGGCUUGCCUUUAGGAAGCUGUAUUUAAGGUGUCGAUGGUGUUUAAAAGCACCCCAGAUAGCUGUAUUAGUUACUUCCUGAACGCACCUCUGCAACGUUCGCAGACUUUGAAUAUCUUCAUCAUACAACAAGCACUCUCAGCCAGGAGCAGGUUCAUUGCUCAAAUAAACAAAGUAAUAUCUAGUAGAAUAUAGUUACAUAAUGGGAGGAAAAAUCACAACACUUCAAUAUGUCACCAAAUGACAAGGUUCAAUCUAUCUGUAAUCGACUAGGCUUCGUUAUAUUUAAAACAAAGAUAGUGACAAGCAAACGACUUUAACUACCCAUCUGUUUCCAGGGUGAAAAUAACAGCUACGUAAAAUCUUACAGAUAUCUUUGUGUAGACGUACCUUUCAAUAAAUCCAUCAUAUCGCAACUAAAUAAGAAAUAAAAAGAGAGGCUCAGUGCGCUCAGAGAUGUUGCAGCUAAGGUACUAAUGUGAGAAUAGUGAGAAUGAUGUACAUAACCUAUAUUAGAUCCUAGCUAAGGAAAAUUCUCUCUGGCCCUUGGAACUAAAACAAAAUGAAGCCCUCAUAAUUAUUAUUGGCUGUUCUGAAUCUAUCAAGGUUUCUAAUAUGAAGAAGGAGCUUUGUGUUUCUAGUAUCAGUGAUAAUAUUAUUGAAAGUAACACUGUACUUUGUAUUAGAACGUUAAGAAAUGAACAAAAUCACCACAAAUCUUACGAAAUCUAGAACUAAAUGCACAUAGAUUUAAAUGGGUUGUGAAAACCUGUAAUAUAUUCCGUUUAAUAAUUUACACAAACUGUAUCUCGGUAGAUAAUAAGAGCAUUUCAUCCCUCCAUGGCUACAAGACCCUCCCAAGAAGUUCAUCACUAGUAUUCCUUUCCUUAAAUCACUUACAAAGGCAAUUGCUUAAGAAGAAAUUCCUUGCUUAACUAUAAGUAACAAAUUAUCACAAAUUAUACACGAUGAUGGAUCUAAGCAAGAGUCUACUGGCAGGGCUGCAAGCUGCUCUUGUUGACACUUCCUUACAUAAGAAAUAUAGGAACUAUGUUACGUUAGGCAUAAGAAUUAACAACUGGGCGUCUACACUACAAAGUGAAUCGUCUGCCAUCCUAAAGGCACUAUAGUUAUGGAACUAAACUUGGCUAUU